AUGCUCGCGAUCUUGUCAGCACUAAGUGCCCUCAACCAAGCUAUUUGCUACUCGUACGCGCCAAUUGAUAGCAUCGUCGAGGCGCGAUGGCAGGAACGGCUUCACUCCGAGCACCUCAUCACUAUUUACUUCGUCUCGUACAUUCCAUGUUCCUUCAUUGGAUCCUGGAUCAUGGAUAAGUUCGGUCUUCGGUUUGGGGUUUUACUCGGAGGAUUUCUACAAGCUGGAGGUGCAUCUUUACGUUACUUCGCGUGUUCGUUCGACGGUACCCAAGAACCAUACGUGACGGUACUUGGACAAUUACUAGCAUCGUUUGCCAUGCCGUUCAUGGUCAACUCUCCAGCUGUGCUGUCUGCGAACUGGUUCCCUUCGUCAAUGCGUGCCACAGCUACGAGUGUCGCUAUCAACGCGAACGCCAUGGGAACUGCAAUCGUCUAUCUCACCGCUCCAUUCGUGGUAUUAUCAAGUGAUGAAGUCCCGUUCUACAAUUUCUGUAUGGCUGUGUUAGCAGGAGGUUCUUGGAUUAUUGCGCUCCUAUUUUUUCAGUCAUAUCCUAAAUCUGGAUCCGAUCAUUUUGUACCCAUUUCUCAUUUAGAAGACGACUACGACUGGAGCCAGUGGGCCAAUGCUUUCUCCCACAGUGGAUUCUGGCACACUGUCGUGGCGUUUUCAACGGCAGAAUGUGUGUUGAACGCCAUUUGCGCAUUGUUGACAAAGUUUCUGAGUAUCACAAACUUCACCACGACUCAGAUUGGAAUAUUUGGAGCAGUUUUUAUCAUCAGUUCUCUGGUUGGGAGUCAAAUUAUCAGUCGAGAAGUGGACAAAAUGCGAAGUCAUAAGGCGGCGUUGCAGCUUUGUUUGCUGCUUGUAGCACUGGGGAUUGCGUUAUUUCGACUGGCACCCAAGAUCGAGAUCCAUUUUACGCUACUCAGUCUGCUGUUUCUAGGGUUUGUACUGGGACCAGUACAGCCGAUUGCACUGGAACUGGGAGUCGAAUGUGCGUUCCCAACCAGUGCAGCGACAGUGGCCGCUUUGCAGCAAUUAUGUGGGAAUUUUCUGUCAGCUCUUACAGUUCCGGCGUUGAGUACAUUGCUACGAACUCAUCUAAGUGCCACUGGAGACGAAACGUACAUUUAUUACAGUCCGGAGUGGAUUUUAGUGCUCAUGACCACGACGACGUUCAUCGUUAUCUGCUGCUUCGAAGGUGAGCACAAGCGAUACGCCCACGAGUCCAAGAUCAUAUCGCCUCAUAACGAGCAUGAAGAAGUUCACGAAGCUCAAACUUGA